UUAUAUGUAGUUACCGAUGUAUGUAUGUACAUAAUAAGAUAGUGAGAGAUGGGUGUUGAAUCUUGAGAGGAAAUUCGUGAAAUUUGAUUAUUCGAAUCAUUUAACGAAUCACAUUGAUAUUAGUACGUUUGUUGGGUGGUAUUGAACUGUUUAUAACAAGCGUACAACACAUUCGCCAAUGUUGAAAUGAAGGAGAAAUACGUCAUGUAUGGCGACUCACGGAAAGUAUGCGAUAGAGAUACGCAGUUCGCCCCGCACGGGCUCUGCAUUCCGUCGGAUUAAUGAUCAAUGGCUUUAUUUGAGAAACGAUAUACGAAUAAAGUGCUGCUAGAUGAUACAGAAAAGUUGACGAGCGUCAUUGAAAAUGCAAGAACAAUCGACGGACAUACGGAAUACGUAAUUAAAACACAAAGAGGUCCAAUUCCAGAAAAAUCUUGGAGAGUUAGCAGGCGUUACAAUGACUUUGUACAGCUCAAUGGAGCUUUAUCUAUAUCAGGCAUUGACCUGGCACUUCCUCCAAAGAAAAUUAUUGGUAAUAUGGAACCAGACUUCAUAGCUCAACGUCAAGUGGCACUACAGAAUUACCUAAACAAUAUACUAAUGAAUCCUAUAUUGGCAUCGUCUCUUCCUAUGAAAAAAUUCUUAGAUCCGGAUAAUUACACUGCACCCUUACAUGAAAUAGCGCUGCAACAGGUGUCGCUAGCCCUGCGCAGUGAUGCAAAUUUUGAAGUUUGUAAGGCCAUUCCUGACAUGGGCUGGCGGUUGAGGAAGCAUUAUUAUACCGUUAAAAAUCGUCAGAAUCCGAAGCAAGAAUUGCUACUUGCCUGGGUGGAAUUUGGCCCUGAUAAACAUCUACAGGACAAAGAUAUGCAAGGUGUCUUCAAAAGUUUAGGAACGUUAAAACACAGUUAUAUAGAACCAAUUGUUUAUCAACACGUAACAGAAAGUGGAGCGUUAAUGAUAAGGAACUUUCAUCCGACGGGUACAUUGCGUGACACUUUGUGCGUAACUAAACCUAAACAACCUUUUAUCAAAAAAUAUGGAAAUCCGAAACAAACUAAAUCGUUAACAGUGCCUGAAAUCGCGAUGUAUGGUCAUCAGAUUUUGGAAGCUCUAGGGUUCCUUCACGAGAAAGGCCUACCUUACGGUCAUUUGCAUACGGGCAAUAUUCUUCUAACUCAACGAUGCGCAAAAUUAUUCGACAUAGAAAAUGGUCUCUUAGGCUUGCCUGCGUUUUAUCGGCCUUACGUUGUACAAAGACGUAAACUUCACGCUACAACGCAGGUGGAUGUUUACUCGUUUGGACAUGUACUGUAUGAAAUGGCAUUUGGAAGGCCAUUGUUAGAGGCAACCUGUUCAGAAUUACCACAUUGCGAUGCAACCCUUAGAAGUCUGCUAGAGGUGAUUCUGUCACCCGAAGCUUUGAAACAAGAUCUACCAACGAUACAUCAUCUAUUGGAACAUCCGUUUUUCGAGGGAGCAAGACGCGCCGCAAUGGCGGUCGGUUCAAUAGAAAAGCCACAUUUCAAAUUGAGCAGUCAUUUGAAGGAAGCACUACAGGAAGCGGUGAACAAAGCAGAACAGAGAUUGAAGGACGAACAAAAAGUUGCUAGACAUCAGAAAAGGCUUGUCAAAGUUCAAGAAAUGAUGAGUUCAGAAGAAGAAAUGAAGAAACGAAAACAGAAAUUAAAAAAAGAACAGAAGUUAGCACAAGAACAACGAUCCGCAAACCAGUUGGGUACAAAUGGAAUGAAACACGUGAACGGCAAGAGUCCGGAGCGUUCAGAAAGUCCUACAAGUACUUCCACAGCAACUAGCGUUGGCACCUUGACUCCACCAUCGCUACGUUCUGUAGAUGGGCCGCACAGUAAUGGAGGUCCUGUUAAGGGUGCUGUCCCACCGCCUCCAUCGCAACCUAUUAACUUGGUUGACAACGUCCCUAAGGUGACCAAUGAACGAGCUGCUCUUCUGGGGAGUAUUUCUAACUUUAAUAAAGCUAGUCUUCGCAAAGUUUCCAAUGGAUAUAAUUGAGACAGUAGGAUAGGAUAAUUAAAUGAAAAAUGCUAAACCAGUCGUUUCAAUUGAACAGAUAUGAUACGACCUAUACCAAAAAGAUGCUAUUUUUUCAUCAAAUAAGCAUUCGAUGGUGUUUAUAAUUUUAUUUCGAUCGCGAUACUUGAUGGAACUAUAUGUAUUUGAAUUCUAUAGCAUCCUAGUAUGUAUGUAUAUAUAAUGCUCCAAAACCAAGUAGUUAUAAAUCAUGUAUUUACAAACAGUUGUGUACAAAAUAAUCCUAUUUAUGUAUGUUAGUAGCAUGAAUCGUUGUUAGAAUUGAGCAAUAUUUAAAUAUUAUUUGUUGUUACUUUUAUUCCUUGAACACCGUCCAAAGAUGGAUCCGAAAAUGUAAAGAAUUUAUUAAAAUGUGAAAGAAUCUUUAGAAUGAUGUUCUUUUGUACAUCAUAUUUAUAUAUCGUAUCACAAAAAAAUAUCAAUUCAACUUCUUAUUGACGCUAUUGUAUUUAAAGCAAUUAGAGGAAUGGAAUUAUUUAGAAUCAUGUGUUAUUAUUAUUCGUGAAAAUAAUGUAUAGUAUCUUAAUUACGAGUACGGGUAGAUAUGAUUACCUUUAUCAUUGAAGUUCAAUGAAAUUCAAAUGUUUCGAUCCAAGUUUCGCGAUCGAACAUUUUUAAUCAAUUUGUUAUAUCAUUCUUGGAAAUUUAUUCGUGUGAACCUAGAUAAAAUUCAAACGAUAAGUGAUAAAAUGAGAGUGAUGUAUACAUAUACAUAUAUUUAAUGUGUACUACACAAAUUUUGUCUCGUUGGUAUUACAUACCGUUCUGUCUAUUUAAAGUUUAUAGUGUAUGUGACGUAUUAAAAUACAGGUCCUAUUCGUUUUGUAAUAAAAAUGAGUAUCGUGUAUUGCUUUCAUUAUAUCACUCGUAGAAUCAGAAUUGUCUGUUUCUGCAAAAAAGAAAAGAUGUGCCAAGAUACAUGCGAACUUUCCAUUGGAGAGUAGUAACAUCAUGACAGUAAACAAUGAUGUAAUCUAUUUCUAUAUGUCAGAAAAAA